UUCGAUUCUUUUGGGAUCGACACUCCAUCCUAGCUAACGUGUUUGAAGUAGUCGCAGUCUACUGAGUACUGACAGCAUCACUUGCUAUACGCCGCGGAUAUUUUGGACAAAGCUGAAAAUGUCAAACCCAACACCUACCAGCAAACCCUCGAACCAGGACAACCCUCGAGUUUUCUUUGACAUUGACAUUGGCGGAGAAAGAGUUGGGCGUAUAGUGUUUGAACUCUUCGCAGAUGUUGUCCCCAAAACCGCCGAAAAUUUCAGAGCCUUGUGCACCGGCGAAAAGGGAGAGGGUGCGACAACAGGAAAGCCACUACACUUCAAAGGAUGUCCAUUCCACAGGAUUAUAAAGAAGUUCAUGAUCCAGGGAGGAGAUUUCUCCUGUCAAAAUGGCACUGGAGGAGAGAGCAUUUAUGGGGAGAAGUUUGAAGAUGAAAACUUUAACUACAAUCAUGACAAGGAAGGCUUGCUCAGCAUGGCUAAUGCAGGACCCAACACAAACGGUUCCCAGUUCUUUAUCACCACCGUCCCCACGGAACACCUGGAUGGGAAACAUGUGGUCUUUGGCCAGGUGCUGAAAGGCAUGGGCAUCGUCAAAACCCUAGAGGCUGCAGAGACAAACGAGGACACGCCAGUGAAGCAAUGCGUCAUCGCCGAAUGUGGAGAGCACAAGCCAGGCGAUGACUGGGGGGUCGCUCCCAAUGACGGUUCCGGGGACACCCAUCCUGACUUCCCGGAGGACUCCGACAUCAAUUUUAAAGACGUUGACAGCAUUCUUUCAGCCGCUGAAGAUGUCAAGAAUAUUGGUAACAACUUCUUCAAAUCCCAAAACUGGGCGGCAGCCAAUAAGAAGUACUCCAAAGCUCUAAGGUACCUGGAGGUUUGCGGGGAGGUUGUGGAUGAUGACCAAGCACAGAAAAGGCUGGAACCCAUCGCCCUGAGCUGCAUUUUGAACAUUGCUGCCUGUAAGCUGAAAAUGCAGCUCUGGCAGGAAGCCAUUGACAGCUGCAAUGAGGCACUGGAAUUGAACCCUGCGCACACAAAGGCACUGUACAGGAGGGCUCAAGGAUGGCAGGGAAUGAAGGAGUACAGCAAUGCUCUGCAUGACCUUCAGAAAGCUCAAGAGAUAACACCUGAGGACAAAGCAAUUGGGAAUGAGAUGCUGAGAGUUAAACAGAAGGUAAAAGAAGAAAAGGAGAAGGAGAAGAGGGUGUAUGCAAAAAUGUUUGCUUGAAGGAGUCCAGAUGGUCAUUUUGUGUGCUGAUGCGUGAAAGAGCCAUUCACUCAAAGAAUCCAGCGGGAAAAGUCAGUCCUCUUGAUGGGUGAACCACGCUGUAGUUUGAUAACCUAAACAUUAAUGGUGUACUCUGACUCGUUCAGCCAAACCGGUAGCACUAUGUUCAGAGUGUGAUAAAAAAAAUUUUGCUCUUAAUUUACGCAAUAUGUUCAUGUUUGAUACGGGGGGAAAACACAUCUCAAUUAAAUACAUUUUUAAAGAAACCACAGAAAUGAUGUUAAAGUGAAUUAUCUUGGAACCAUCUCACACAUGCAUGGUAGAGAAGUCUAAUUUAAACAUUUUAUAUGCUUUUACCCCCCUAUGUGACAGGUAGAAGUUACUGUACUGUAUCAGUUUUUGGUUUGGUUGUUAUUGUUGCCUGCAUAUUUCUUUCUUUUUGUAAGCUUGGAGUGGUUGCACACAAGCUUGGAGUGGCUGGAAACUAAUUUGUACACUUGAAAUGUCAUGUGAUUCCUAGGAUUUUUCAGACCAAAUAAAAUGUGAACCCUG